CAACAAACAAAACCAAGGCACAUGUCUGCCAAAACCCGUCCCAUGUACAGUAUCUCCCAGCUUCAUGCUCAUCAUCAUGUUUGGCUUUCGCAAAUUCUAUACAUAGGACGAUAUACAGGUAUUAGCAGGAGAGUCUGUCAGGAAUGCGGAUGCUUGUGCAUAGACCACUUGUUGAAAGCGUCUCCUUUGUUCCUCAUCUGCAACCAUCUUCUUCAACCUUUCUCAUGAAGACAAACUGUGAGACUCGCUGGUCAGUCUGUUUCAUAUGCUCGGUUGACCACAGUUCGCGGAGUUACCUGGUUGAUAUGUCCAACUUGAAUGCUUCCCCAGCUCUUCUGGAGGUUCACUCGGUCCGCACGUCGGAAAUUGAUCGGUUCCACAGGUUCGAUGCCGUUGCUUCUCAUUGACAUGUGUUACAGCUAGCCCUCUCAAACUGAUGAAAGCGGCUCAGCCAGUCUAUACCGCAAUAUUCCUUUGUUGAUUUAUCCAAUUUCGGCACAAAGAAAGAUGACUGUCAAUAUUAAUAGCCAUGCUUCUGGAUGUUGGCCUCCUACCGAGCUGCUAUCCAAGACCUUCGUUUCCUGUCUCUGUCAAGCUGUUUCUAUCUGCCAUUUGACUCACCUGGUGGGAAUUUAGUUCACCAUGCGCUCAAUUAUCGCUGUGCUCGUCGCGGCCUUCCUGGCCACCGCAGUCCAAUGUUUCGCCGAACCUGACGGUGGUCAUGGAUUGGUUCACCACAAAAGCUGCGCUCCCAAGACCGGUGACUGCUCCAACUGCGGCGCCGACUAUGUCCUCUGCGGUACUGCCACUUGCUACAACCCCAAAGCCGGUGAAACAUGCUGUCAAAAUCAAUAUGCAUGCGCCGCCAACUUCAACUGCUCGUCCACUGGCCCACACUGCAUACCGAAGAAUGGCGGCAAAGACUGCGAUAAAAGCAAGACGCACACCAGCACAACUACUACUGCCGCCAGUGCAGUGCCCACCACCACCAGCUCCUCUACGUCUGUGUCAAGCUCAGCUGCCGCCACGAUUACUACUUCGGCGGCUGCUACCGCUUCCCCCGUUGCCCUUGUGAUGUCUGCUCCUGAUGGCAGCAACAUAACAACAACCUACACGACCACCGUCACUUUGUACACCACGAACUGUGUAACCGUCAGCGCCACUUCGGGGUCGUCUUGUAGCCUGAGCGGCGCCACCACCGGUCUUCCUUUGACCACCAGCUCUAUGGUGCCAUAUGGCAACUCGACCACAGUCGCAUUGAAUACCACCACGUCCACGUUGUCGGUUGCAAAUGUCACGGCUCAUUCUACCGGCCAGCUCAGCCCCAAACCGACCGCGAGCAUUAGCCCUCCUAUUAGUGGCUACAAGGGGGCUGCCUCGGGUGUCCAAGGCCAAUCGUCGACGUCUUUGUUUGCUUUGGGUUGUUUCAUUUAUAUGGCUGCUCUGUUGAUUUAGAGCGAGUUGGUACAUGCUGGUGGUGAUGGCUCGCCGAAAGGGAAAAUGUCGGCAAAAUAGACAGACGGAAGAUACCUAAUCUUGAUCUAUGUGGGAGAAUG